AUGGAUCGCGAAUUGAAAGAAAUAGAAGGAAUCUACAUUGAGCAGCUGGAGGAGAUCCGGGAAGCCUGGAUGGAUUCGCUGGCUCAUGUAGAGGACAGAAUUGAUGAAAUAUUAGGGUCCAUAGACAAUAUGCAGGCCCUAAUACUUCAAAUGAAGAGAGAAGAAGGGAAAGAAGAAGAAGAAGAGAGUUAUGAAACUGCUAUGGGGAGUUCCUUAAGCAGUGAAAACACUGCCGAGGAGCAACCUACAAGCAGUGACGGCUCUAACAGUGAGGGAGAGGAACGGAAAAGAUCGGAAAGCAGAAGUGAAGAAGAAAGAAUGGACAACAGUGAAAGUGCAGAGGAUACAAACAAUGCGAAGCAAGUCCACUUCGCAGAAAACCUCUGCACUUUUUAUGAAAUCCCACUAGGGAAGAACAAAAAAGAAAGCAAAUUUCUAAGAUUCAUUAGAAGAAUCUUCAGAAAGAAUGCUAAGAAAAGUGGGAUUAAAGAAAAAACAGAAAACUGCGAUAAAAGUAGAUGCACAGAUGACAUGGAAAAAGGGUCUACCACCAUAAUAGAUGAUGGGACCCGGCAUUGGAAGAGUGCAAUGCUAGAUCAUGAGGAAGAUCGGCUGCUGAAUGAUUAA